GAUAAUAUAAUAAGUGUCCCCAGUAGCUUGAAUUUCAAACUACAACACUGUGCUUCACCAUCAACGAAUAUCAAAAAUGAACUCUUUAUUAGAAACAAUAAAGACAAAUCCUCAGGUGAAAUCGAUAGCAAUUACGGGUGCUUUGAUGUCACUCACAAAAGUCAUAGACUUUUCAAAGCCUUACUUACUAUUGCCUUUACGCAUCUCUUAUGCGGUCGUAACGUUAAUCCAAGUGGGUUUGUUCUUUUAUACCAAAACCAUAAUUCAGAAAAAGAAUGACCUAACUGUCCUGAAAUAUGUUGAACCCGCUAGUCCUAUUUCAGGACGCGAGCAUGCCAAAUUUGUUGCAACGACCAUUCGUGAAUACGAUUUAAAUAAGCUUUUAGCUAGUUUUAAACAAAUGCUUAUAACCAUCUGCACGACCAUGUUUAUGCAUUUAUAUAUGGGAUACGCUCCUCCCUUACUGUUUCAGCUUGUCUCGGCUAUCCGCGGCUUCCUUGACGAAAACGAAAUGAAAAUUCAUUUACUCAACAAACCUGCCACUGAUGAUCUUAAGCGUCCUUUUAAGUCUGGAGGAUUAUUAGCAAGUUAUGGACAAGUUUUGACUGAUAAACGAAGCGUUGAGGAGGCCGAGCUGACAAAAUUGAAGCCCAACUAAUAAUUUCGUCUGUUUAAUUCGAUUGUCAAAGUUUAUUGAAUCUAAUUCUCUUUGCUACUAGACACCUUCUUCCCUUUUCCUUAUUGAGAUAAAAACUAUUUUAUACCUUGAUAUUAUUCCUUCCUUUAUUUACAUAUCUCAUAAUAUCUGUCUAUUAGAAUAAAUCUCAAAAUUUAUGUCUGCGUUAUCGUAAUCUUUUUUCGUUUCUAGUAUCCACAGGUGCAGAAACGUCCUUGAAUUCUUCUUCACGUUGUUUCCUUAAAGCUUCCGUCCUACUUAUAUUAUCGUUUUUUGCAAUGAGAGUAUGAGCAAACCAGUUCCCAUUUUCUUCAUUCGAGGCGUUAGUUUCUCCAAGGCGAUCGAAACAUGAAUAGCAACCUGAAACAUUAUGUAAACUGCAUGGCUCCUCUACGUUUAUUUCUUGGGUAUCUUCAGCGUUGUCUUGAGUGUCAACGCUUUUUAUCUUUGCUUGAAAAUUUGACAGCAUUGAAAGGGUAACAUCUUCAUUUGCUUCUAACUUUUUACGUUUCCCUGAUAAUACCUUCUUUGAGCUUUUAUAUUUCUCAAGCUCCUCUUCCAGAGUAUUUCUUUUCUUUUGAUUUUUAUCUGGCUUUUUCAUGGAAACAGGCGAGCUACCCAUGGAAUUAAUCUCGGUUUUCAAAGCCGAAAUUUCUUUUUGCAAAUUUGAUUUGGAUGAAUCAGAAGUACCAAAAGAGGAAGGGCCAACAGGCUUUUCAGCAGGUAUCUCGGACUUUACCUCAGCUGGUUUCUUUUGUAGAGGAGGCAUAGAAGAAGCUAUUGAGUCGGCAUUAUACGGCAAAGACUGAGGAGGUUUAUCUUCUAAAUCUUUUUGUUUCUUUUGAUCAACUAAUGGGUUUUUACGAAGAGGCUUCUUAGGAAUUGGCAUAUCGAGCUCGUCUCCGAAACUUAAAACAGCUUUGUUGCGUACACCCUUUUUUAAUAAUUCAGAUUUGUCCUUUUUCUUUUCUUCUAAGGCAUAUUGUUUGGCUAGCCGUUCACGGUCUUCUUUCGUACUACGAGGCUUCAGGUCCGUAAAAUAGGAAUCUAUAAUUUCAGUGGACAUAAUUUUUGGAGGGUAAACAGGCCGUUCAUCGGCAUCAAGUUCCAGUUCAGAAAUUCGAACUACGUUAUAAAUUGUUUCACCGACAACUCUUCCAAAGAGUGUUUGCUUUCCGUUUAAUUCUGGCGUUGGACCUAAUGUAAUGAAGAAUUGAGACUGGUUACCUUCACCUUCGGUACUGGCCAUUCCUAACAAACCACGUCUCAUGAAUCGUAAUCUAGGAUGUGUCUCGAUGGGAAACGGGUCUUCAUAUAUGGAUUGACCCCCCAUUCCCGUGCCGGUUGGGUCUCCUCCUUGGAUCAAAAAGUCUGGAACAACGCGAUGAAAAAUAGUAUUAUCGUAGUACCUGAAUAGCAUUUAUGUUAGAAACCUUAUCUCAUGAGACUAUAUUUAUGUCUUACCCUUCCAUGCACAACUGUAA